GUCAAAAUUUCCAUGUCGUGUCCCUAUCCCCCACAUAGCGACUCGCAACGCAACGCGAACAGUGACGCCAGCCUUUAGUCACCGACUGAACAUUAUUAAUUCGAACAGAAAAUCUCGAUUCUGCGUCUGUCUAUCACCUGUGAUCCAAACCGUGUACUAAAAGCAAUGCCGAUUCUCACUUUAUUUUGAACUCAACAUUAUAAAUAAGAACGUGUUGAUACAUUUACUUGAAAGUCGCUUUCGGUUCAGUAAAUUUGACACUUCGUAAAAGUUCUAUAAGCAAAAAUGAAGAAUACGAUGUCAAUAUUUAUGUGACAUUGGCUUUGUUUCAGAUGGUCAUCAUGGCUAUAUGAAUCAAUGAAACAAAACUUUGUGGUGCAGUAUGGAACAAGCUGUCAUUGCAGAACCUGAAGUUGUAGAGAACAACUCAGAGGUUGAAACUAACCAGCUACCAGAUGUUGUGCAGUCUAACACCUUGCAAUCUGAUGAAAUAUUAGUGCCAAAUGUCAGCAGUGAUGUUGCGUCAACUGGUGAUGUUAGUAUGGCUGCCACCGAUGAAAACCUAUCUGAAAAUACACCCAACGAAGAAAGAGAAGGUUGUAGUCAAGGUGCUGAUUUAGAUCAAGUUUCUAGCUCAACAGAAACAUCUGCUGGGCAAUGCAGAGAUGUUCUGCCUUCAGUAAACCAUCAAAUGGGUGUCAUUCCAAAUAUGGAACCAUACCUGGAAGAUGGCUCUUUAGAUGGAACAUCCAAAGAAGUUCAAGACCCAACAUCAACUAAUGGAAACCUAUCAACUGAAGAUACCUCAAACCCGGAACCCAUGUUGAACCAUUUUGUUUCAACAGAGCCAGAGAUACACACCCCACAAGCAAAUGGGGAAGAACAGUUGAAUUUGGUUUCUGAAACUUGUCAUACAGAAGAGCAGCCUGGAGAAGUUGUCCUUUCUGAGGCUAUUGAAGAAACUCCUAAUGCCACAGUGGAAAGCGAUCAAGUGGCUAGCUGUAGUGAUCAGCUCAUUGAAGAAUCAACAACAGCAGUAUGUGGUGGUACAGCUUCUAUAGCAAAUUCUGAACAUUGUCAGACAGAAACAAUACCAAUAACCAGUGAAGAGGUUGUGCCCGAAGACGAAAACGUCUAUCCACAAUCGGGAACUGCCAAUGUUGAACCUGUUAUGGAAGAAGCGGAACAGAUAUGCCAAUUUGAAAGUCUUCAAGGAAACGCAAGCCAUUUUGCUGCAGAUAACACCUGUGUGGAAGGUGAUAUCGCUAGCGCAGACCAAACCCUAGUGACGUCGUUGACCACAGCGGACAUGGCAUCCCAUUCUGAAGUAUCCGAAAGUGGUGCAGUUUUUACAACAUCCAAUGAAGCAAGCAACGAAACGGAGCAAGAUCAGAAUGGCCCCGAAUCUGCAUACGAGCUGGUAGAAACAAACGAACCAGUGGGAGAAACAGCCGUCUUUAGAAAUGAUUUCGCCGAUUCCAGCACGCUGGAAAUGGAAGAAAGUGGAUUGGGGGCUACGGAACCCGAUGAUUCGAUGAUUCCACAAGAUUUGCAGAGCAUGCCUUAUCAAGAACCAACCGAAUCUUCCCCAAUUGACGAGGCAGGACAUCAGGACAAUGGAAGAACUACCGAAACUGAAACUGUCGAUUCGAGCGUGGAUGUCCAGCCGCAAACUGGCCAUAUACCGGAGGAAGGCACUCUCGACGCUGAAGAAUACCAAAGAGAAUGCGCUGAGAGCGAACCCAUUGUCGACGCAAAUCUUGGAAUUGACCAGGUUGAUAGUGGUACCAUACAAAGUGAUUUUGUUGAUGAUGGAGUCGCGGAAUCCGGUUUAGCUGAUGAAGAAGCCAUGGAAACUGGUCAAAUCCUCAGCGGUACAGCAGAUAAUGAUUUCGUAAUUGUUGCAGCUGACCCUGUCAAUGCAGAACCCGGUGAAUCUGCUGGUAGCCAAAGUAUUAUCCCUGACAAUGCUGUAGCAACAACAGAAGGGGAAGUAAGUUAUGACGAUCCAGUUGGAAGCGGAACCAUUGAGGAAGAAGCUAACGAUGCACAAUCCGUUGAAACACACUUAAUAGCAUCGCAUAACAUGGAAACUCAACUCGUUGAGAACAUUGAGCCUCAGACGGUCGAUGAAGGAGUUGAUUCUAGUUACUAUAUGAAUUCAGCUGACAUUGAACAGCAAGAUGGGACUAUCGCCGAAGGGGUGGAUGCAUCGACAGACAUCGACAACCCGACAUCUUCCCACCUGGAUCAACAGUUUGAGAAUAACGAAGUGGAUAAUCAGGAAUUGAUCAACAUGGAUACGAACUUGUCUAACCCAACGGCUGUCUGCGAAGCUGAUAGUUCUGCCGCCGGAAUGGAAGAUUCUGCGUACGAGACGCAACAAAUGGUUGAUACGCAGAACGUUUAUGUAAUGGAAGAUGACGGCCGGCUGACUCUUAAUUCCGUCGAGCCAUCCAAUUCUAUGAAUAAUUAUCACAAUCCGGAGAAUGCCAUGCUAGUAGAGAUGGCUCCACUUUCUACAGAUGGAUCUUACGUCGACUCUCAGGUAAGUUACGUAGAUGCCGGACAAGAAGGGAUGAUUACAGAUGCACAAGCUGCUGAGCUUUUAAUGCGAGUCAGUGAACAGAGACCCAUGUCUCUCCAGUCACUUCAACAAGAUUCUGCGUCGUCUUCCGGCCCCUACGUCCAAGUUCAACUUGCCCAAACUGUGGAAGGAAUUACUCAUCUUGUCGAAGUUCCUGUUUCUGCUCUUGCCGGUUAUUGCUUGCCAUCGUCACUUGUCUACUCAACGUCAGGUGGAGGCACUUCGACGAGUGGGGGCUCGGAGAUGACCUGGGUCCAAAUGCACGACAAUUCUCCUGGCAAUAUUGAUCAGCAUCACCUCCGAACGGAGAACAAGUUCUCGGAUAUUGUUUCUGCAUCCAUUGAAGCAAUCGGUUUCCCAGAGUCUUCCACCCCAGGGGCAAACAUUCUAUCUCAAGCAGAACAGAUCUUGAUUGCCUCGGAGAAUGCCGCUCAAGAAUCUGCAGCGGCAGCAGCAGCGUCAAGCAAUUUUGAAUUUGAUGAAAGUUCUAAUUCUUCCAUUACGUUAAUGAAUGACAAAGCCACCACUUCUUACCCAAGACCAAAGAGGGAAAGCAUUGAAUCAAGAAUCCAUAAAUUGCUCCGAGGUGCCAGUGCUCCAGGUCUAGAAGUUGUUGAUGAACCUAUGCAUUUGCCAGGAAAGGCGUCACCCAGGAACGUCAAACCUGGUCCCGUACAACCGGCGAAGCCUACUGUGUCGUCUGCUGCUUCCACAGCAGCCACAGUAACGUUGAGCUUGAGUCCAAAUCAAACCAAAAGACCUGGUCGACUGGUUACAGCCACCACUUCAAUGGGGCGUACCGUUACGAUUCCUACAGUUUUCACUGCGACAAAUCAAUCAGCAAAUAAGCCCCCUGUGUCUGCAUUACCACCUGGGAGUGUCGACUAUUUCAUGCCUCGAGGAGUCAGUAAACGCAAAGCACAAACCUUUAAAGCUUCCAAAGUUAACGCUUCCAAUCCGAAUUCCAUCGAUGUGGAACCGGCGCCACCUGAAGAGACGCAGGUUAAACUGGCAAUGGGAGGUGACACGGUAGAAGAUGACGAUCUGCAUAAGGAUGAUGACGAUUUCAAUCGAGCCGUUCUAUUACAAGCCCGGCAACGCCUACAGUCAGAACAAGGCACGAAUUAUAGGUUUGCAGGUCGUUCAUCCUCUUCAGUCCAUCUCUCAUUACCGGCAGGAGCGGCGAAGGGAGACGAAGAAGAUGUUACUCCUGCAAAGAGAGUUCGGCUAUCCUUUCCCCCUGAAAAAUACGCCAAUUUAGAGAGCAUCAGUUCAUCGUACAUGGCCGAACUUCAAACCCCCAAAUUGACUUACACGAUUCCUCGAACUCGGCAAGUUCGACCGAAAAUCAUGAAGGAGGCAGUUAGUAUUGACAAUGCGCCUAAACCAGAAAAAGAAAUAACUGUUCGUCUGCCAUGGAUGGAUGAAGAAGAAGACCUGAAACGAAAACGCACGCCUCCACGCAUCAUCCGCCAAACGGUUGCGGCGGAACCGAAACCCAAAGAAGUUGAUUUAUCAGCGUACGACCUAGACCCAGACACGGAACAGUCUGAUCAAGUGAUCGUUAUCGGACUGGAUGAAACCGGUCAGCAACCAUCUGAAGAACAGCUGACGGCCAUUAUUCAGGCGGCGAUGACCAAACGUGAAAAUAUGGGCUCAGAUCGGCCGGCUUCUUCUCAAUCAACGCACCGGUCAUCAAAUAGUUCCGUAGCGAGUAGCAAUAUUCACAAAACCUACGCUAUGAAGCGUAAAGCAGAAGAAGAGAACGGUGUUGAAACUGAGGAAAAUGGUGUCCGACUCAAGGUCAUUCGGACGUAUGACCGUGGUCUUGGCGCACCGCGUAAGAGGCCGCCUCGUUCAAAGAAGCUUUCAACGUACCUUGAAAUCUUCGAAUUCGAAGAAGAUGAGGAGGAAGAAGAAGAUGAAGAGGAAGUAGAUGAUCUGGAACGUUUCUCACAGGCCCUGGUCGAUGAGGAAAAUGCCAUAAGAGAAAAGGAAAAGACGGUCUAUUCAAAAAAGCCAAAUAUGUCACCAUCUAAUAACAUCGAUGCUUCAACCUCGGCUUUCUCUCGUGGUCGAGGAAGAGGCAGAGGUCGUGCCAUAAGCCAUGGUAGUUCACUGCGCCAAAUGCAGGAUGGGCCCGGCACCGCUGUCUCUCCGACAAUUAGAGGAGCGCGUUCACGAGGAAGACCGCCCCGUGGGUCAAAGAUUUCCUUACGUAAAGGAACAGAUUCUACAGAUAACAAUGACGCCACUAAAGAGGCAUCCUCGGAAGAUGAUUAUGGCGCCUUCGAGGACGACGAUGAUGAUUACAAGCCUAGAGGACGUGGCCGUGGUCGAGGCAGAGGUCAGAGCCGUGGAAGACGGGGUCGGCCUCGAUCGGUAUCGAAAGAAGAACCGAUUGACGCUCAAGACGAAGAAGAGGAAGAAGAGGAAGCUAUGGUUCCUGGCAUGCCUUCCAAACCUUGUCCGCUGUGUGAAGAACGGUUUACCACCCGGGAGGGAUUCCUGGAGCACAUUGUUAUUCAUUCAAGUGCCAAGUGUUUGAUGGAACUUUGCGAAUGGACGAAUCCAAUUGCAAAGGAGAAGACGCGCAUGAAUCGGGAACAGUUGAAGCAACACAUGUUGAAUGCCCACACCGAGUCCAUCCCGACAGCUCGCACCGCUGCCGCUCACUGA